GGUUGCAGGAGCCCAUCCCAGACGGUGGUCUUCUAAUUGUGGCCCUCAGACAGGUGACUGGAUCUGCUGGUUCGAGCUGUAAAACCAGGCUAGGGAAAGGACCUCGGAGGACUGCUGUGAGGUGGUGUCCUGUCGAACAGAACCACCCCUGCUACUGUGGAAAUAUGACAGGAGAGAGCCCAUCUUCUCUCUGCCUCCUCAUUUGGCUCCACCACCCCUGCUGCAGAUGCUGUGGACGCAUCAGGGUUUGUCCAGAGCUGAGGAGAUGUGCUCAGAUUCACCGGGUGAAACUGCUACAGAUCGAAGAUGGAAGCGUGUGAUUCUCCUCUGCCCUUGAGAGACGAGGCAAGCUGAGAGAGACGCGCGGGAACCAUUAGGUGCUAAAGCUUGAAGAAGCCUAUUGAACUUACUACUGAAGCUCAGGAAAAGGAGGUGCAGGGCAGUCAGGCAGCGGAGGCCUUCAUGUGGGGAGAUGCCCCUCUCAGGAGGCCCAAGGCUUCUGCUGGCAGAGCAGGGCCCAAGAAGACAGCCCUGAGGAAGAGGGCCAGCUGUGUGGCAAAUGCCAGACGUGGAAUGACUUGGCCAACCAUGUCAGUGCCCAACUGGCGCUGGCCCCACACAGGGGAGAAGCCCACCCUCAGGGAGCCAGGCCCACCAGGUGACUCAGACAGUGACUCAGGCCGCCUGCCAGAGAAGGACACCUCUGCUCAGGGACCUGCAGUUCUGAGUUCAGAACACCCUCACCGGGACCCCCUGCCAGCCGUCAGCCAGGCAGCGCUCCAGGCCCUCCUGCAGCAGCUCCCUCCACAGGACAGUGAUGAGCGCUACUGCCUAGCCCUGGGGGAGGAGGAGCUGGCAGGGCUGAGGCACUUCUGUGCCCAGCGGAGGCAGGAGGCUCUGGGACAGGGCGUGGCCCGCCCGCUGCCUCCCAAGCUGGAAGGGUGCACCUGUGAGAAGUGCAGGCAGCGGCUGAGAACAGGAGAGUAUGGUGUGUUCGCGGCCCGGGCCGGGGAGCAGCGUUGCUGGCACCAGCGCUGCUUUGUUUGUCAGGCCUGUGGUCAGGCCCUGAUCAACCUCAUCUACUUCUACCACGAGGGGCGGCUCUACUGCGGCCGUCAUCACGCUGAGCUGCUGCGGCCGCGCUGCCCAGCUUGCGACCAGCUGAUCUUCUCUGGGCGCUGCACAGAGGCAGAGGGGCAGCGCUGGCACAAGAACCACUUCUGUUGCCAGGACUGCGCCCAGCCCCUGGGCGGGGGGCGUUAUGCCCUGCCGGGGGGCGGCCCCUGCUGCCCCAGCUGCUUUGAGAGCCGCUACUCGGAUGCGGGCUCCAGCUCGGCCCAGGCGCUGGAAGGAAGGGCACCUCUUGGGGGCACGGAGCCCGAAGAGCGGGCGGAAGGAAGGGGCUGCGCCCUGCCAAGCGCCGGCACCAACUCCCCGGCAGCCCUAGUCGCCGCCGCCAGCCCCAGCGCAGAGACCCUGCGAGGGCGCCUUGUACCCAGGCCCCGGGAGGAGUGGCCAGCCGGGGACGUGGUGGAGACGCCCUCUGAUCCCAAGGAGGACCUCCCCUGCCCCACCUGCUCCUCCUCUUCUGACUCCGAACCGGACGGCUUCUUCUUGGGCCAGCGUCUUCCGCGGCCCGGAGAGCCCCCCGGAGGCGGUCUCCCUGCUGGGGGCAGCGGUCCCUCCGGGAAGCCAUGCGUCAUUUGCUAGCGGUGCA